AUGCUGACUGAAGUCCAGGCGAGCCCAACGAAUGCCGGCGCUAAUCGCACCAUUUCCCCAGCCGAGUCCCCCAACGCUGCCGACGCACCUCGUAGCCCUCGACGCGUCGCAGCAACAACAACGGCCUCAAAUUCCAUCAACCCAACACACACACCAAUCAUCGCCUAUCUUGAGAAGAGGCUCGAAGAUACUGUCGGCCAGUCACGGCUAGAACAGGCCGGUAACAAUACCCUACGCAAAGAAAACGAAGAACUGCGCCGCCACAUCGGGAAGCUCACGACUCCCAGCCAUGCUGCACUGCGCCAAGCGGCCAGUGAUCUCGAACUGGAGCGGGCAACACUCGUUUCCGAGAAGCUGACGAUUAACACGCGUCAUAAAGAUGCUAUACGAUGCUUAGAGCAACUUCUUGAAGCCAAGGCAGAGCAUAUCGGACAGCUACAAUGCCUUCUCAACACCCUAAGAGGCCCUCAGCUGGUUUCCAGAUCUCAAGGCUACCCGAUCGAAUACGAUGCUGGCUCUCUCCAUGCUGACUGGUGUCAGAAUGUCGCUCGUUUGGCAUCUGAUUGCCGGCCAUACGACAUGGCAAGAUCACUCCGCGCUGAAGACCGGGUACCCGUCAAGCUUGAGGCUGCCAUGCGUGCUGUUACUGGACUCUCCGUGGCACAAACGGGGAACCUGACGCUCGCUGAGUGCUUCACUAAAACCACGGCCAUGCCUACUGAUGUCAACAUCCAGAUCGCCUGUUUCAUGAAUCAUGCUCUACGAUGGUGUUUCAAUACAGCGUUCCAUACCAGAGGGCUGAAGUCGGAGAAGUUGCACGAAAUGUGGCAGUCGAUUGCGUCACUCAAUGGACUCAAAUGUGUACGACAACUAGACACCAUGGCUACCCUAGAUAAGAUCGGCAAUGAGUACUUUCGCAAGCAACAAAUACCGACGAAGGCGAAAAGCCAGAUGUCAAUCUUCAUCAAAGAAUGCCGCAGCUUCAUUCCUUGGCUCGAUACUACGGAAAUGCGCCCAAAGCUCGAUGAUUGGCUGCAGUCCACCAUGGAGAUGAAGUUGGAGCUUCUUGUGUCAAACCAUCACCACAAACUCGCCUUCCCACCACCUGGCGCACCUUACGACAAGGACACCAUGGAAGUUCAAAUCGAGGACGGAAACGGACCGGGCCCCAAGGACAAUCCAGCUGACUAUCGAGUCAAAAUCUGCGUCUGUCCCGCGCUUUAUACGUGCGUGCCGGAACCAAAGCUACCGGACUGUGACGACCCUUCCUUCAAGGCGGAGAAGUACAAAGAUGCUUUGCUGGAAGACAGAGACUUCUUCGCUGAAGAACCGGGCAAGUAUCAGGGUUGGGAAGGAUCUGUCUUGGUAUCACGGGCUAUUGUCUUCGUCGAGAACUGCCCUCAACAGUCUCGUAUCAUGCCAGAGCAGAGCCGACCAAGGCAAACCCUCCGGCUCCGACUAACCCCAAGCUUAGCAGAAGAUACCCAGGACGUGGCUGAAGGUGGCGAGGAUGGCAUGAGCAGUGAAGACGACGCCAAACUGUGA